AUGCAAAGAAACUCAUAUAUUGAAAAGACCAACACACAUUAUGAUACUUUGGAAUUAAACAAAGAUUGUUCUAAAGAGGAUAUAUAUAGGGCAUACAUGAGGCUUGCAUUAGAGUGGUGCCCUGAUGGAAAUAGGCCGGAUACAGAACUUAAAGAAAUGAUGUUUAAAAAGAUCUCAAAUGCAUACCAAAUACUCUCAAAUGAUGAAUUGAGAAACAAAUAUGAUUCUAGUAUUGACAAGAUUGUCAGAAAAAACAGCUCAGAAAUAAACAAUGAUUUAAACUUAGAGCCACAUGAAGUUUUUGAGGAAUUUAUGGCUGAAAUAAUGGCGGAUAAAGAUAAAUAUUACCAGUAUUCUUCCCCAAGUAAUGAAGGACUUUGUAUUUACUCAAAUUCUAAUUCAGACUCUAAUUCUGAUGUAGAGUUUGGAUUUGACGGGGAUGAGAAAGACGCCAAUAUCAAUGACGAUCUUUUCACAGAAGACGAAGAUAUUGAGUAUUGUGAUGAUUACUCUGAUCGAAAUUCUUUUUGA